AUGUCCUUCAACCCCUCGCGCAUCCUAAUCUUCGGCGGCACAGGCACCAUCGGCCGCUACAUCACCUCUUCCCUCUUACACGCCAACCCCCCCUUCCAGCAAGUCACCCUCUUCACCUCCCCUGCCUCGCACACCUCCAAAGCCCCCCUCCUCACCAAUUGGCAGUCCCAAGGCCUCUCCCUCAUCGUGGGAGAUCUGACCUCGGAGUCCGACAUCCGCGCUGCAUAUCAAAAUUCUGGGGCGGAUACUGUCAUUUCGGCGGUUGGCAGGACGGGGCUGCAGCAUCAGAUUAAAUUAUUGCAGCUGGCUGAAGAGUCAGGAAGCGUGAAAUGGUUCCUCCCGUCGGAAUUUGGAACGGACAUUGAACAUAACGAGAAGAGUCCUUACGAGAAGCCGCAUCAAGUGAAGUUGGCUGUAAGGAAGUAUAUUAGGGAGAAUUUGAAGAGGGUAAGGGUGACGUAUGUGGUGACAGGACCGUACUUCGAUAUGUGGGUUAAUGCGCAUGCUGGGUUGGAGGGGGCGGGGGGUUUUGUGGCGGAGAAAAAGAAGGCGUACGUCAUUGGGAAUGGGGAGGAGAGGGUUGGGUUUUGUACUAUGAAGGACGUCGGCCGCUUCGUCCUAGCAACUCUCCGCCACCCUGAAGAAUCCUUCGACAAGGCUCUGAAAGUCCAGUCCUUCAUCGUUACGCCGAACCAGGUGCUGGCUGAGUAUGAACGGCAGACGGGGGCUAAAUGGGAAGUCAUUAAGAAGCCACUGGAAGAGAUUAAGGAGCUGGAGGGUAAGCUUUGGGAAGAGGGUGACCCCCGCGCGACACUGGUUACAUUGAGGCGGAUUUGGGCUGAGGGGGGGACACUUUAUGAGCGGAAUGAUAAUGAGGUGUUGGGGUUAGGGCCCGAGAAUUUGGAUAGUUUGGAGGAGGGGGUUAGGCAUGCGUUGGCGGGAGGCUGGAGGAGUGAUACGUUCUAG